AAUCUUUAGAAUUCAAAGAGAUACAAAACUUUUCCAGAAUGAUCCGAUUCCAUCAGCUCUUGUAUAGCCGUUUGUGAAUCUUCCAUUUUCUCAACAAGACAAAUGCUGACACUAACACUCCCUGCAAGUGCUCUGUACGGAUUGUAUUCAAUUCGUUUGUUCGUGACCUUCCAGAGGAAAAUCUAUUUAUUUGCAUAUCAAAAGGAUUCUAGGCAACGGUACAGCACUCAUGGGUAUUCGGUUUGAUGGAGUCAAACAAUUGAUUCAGUGACAGUUCGAAAUAUCGGUUUUUAUUCUCCGAAUACUAAAAUCUCUGAUAUACAGUCUGUAGCUUGGUUUAAAUUCGAGUUUGGUCGAUGACUCAUCUCCCAGGGGAAAACCACUUUUAUAUGGUGGAAAACAAUAAAAACCUGUAAUUGUAAUCUUUUGUUUCAUGCCUUCGAAUCAACAAUGGCACACGUGCCGAAUAUUCGUUUAUUUUUUGCAUGAUUCACCGCGUCCUUGAUGAAAUCAGGAGCUGCAAUUCUUUGCCGCCAAUCCAUUCUAAAUACAUUUGUCGAAAAAUCGUAUGAAAUUUUAUUUAUUUAUUGAAAAAUAUUGCAUUUGACGUUUUUUGAAACUUUCAUUUCAUUCGAGUGCGAUCAUUUCGUAUUUUUUUUUUCAAGACCAGAUUGAUCCGUAUCGGAUUAUCGUUUGGGCUGUAAUUGAACGUUGUUGGCAUAAAAAUGAAAAUUUUCGAUGUUAAAUAUAAAGAGCGUUCAUUUAAAUAUUUAUUUAUUGGCGUCAGUUUUGUCCAACGAAGCAUCAAAAUUUCACCUUUGAACUAGAGUCGGAAAGCAGCAUUCCAGGUAGUUCAGGCCUCCAAACUUAAAUCCUUCCCCGCUCAUUUCGCAAACCGCUAUUGAUGAAGGAUUGUCAAAAUUUUCUACAUUAUUGAUCUCGGUCGGUAACGUAACGGAGUGGCUGUAUCCUAUGAGUUUUUAUCGUUUUAUUUCGCAUUCUCCACCUGCUGUUAUGGCAAUAAACCGCCAACCGCGCGACGAGUCCGUUCGGAUGGCUCGAAUCCUUAUAUCAAUUUUUUUUGUACAUAUGAAUAAGUUGUUUUGCUGUUCACACAACUGCAGCUUUUUUUGAGCGUCCUUUUUCUUGAUUUCUGAGGAUAUUUUAAUAAAAUGGCUGGUUAUCAAGACAAUCUCAUGAACGAAACAUCGGAUAAUGAAAUGAAUUUAAAUUAUCAAACGAUAAGUCUUUCAUACGAGGACGACGAAAAUGACGAAGGUAUGGCGGAGUACCUUGAUCUCGACAUGGAAAACACAAGUGUUGAAGAUGCUGCCGAUGUGGAUAAAUAUAGUAACCGUGAGAAUGGUGUAACGGCGUCGAAUCAAUCAUCGUUAACGUUGAGAAACAACUACAACGUCAAAAAAACAACAAGCUGUUCCAGGGACAUUGAGAGAAAAUGUUUCAGUGACAGAUCCACGACGCCUAAAAACCAAACGCAGACUGCUAAAGCUACAAUGGCCAAAAACAAAAAUCCAUUCGCACGGGGGACAAAGAGAAAAACUCCAAAUAAUUACGGAAGUGUCGAUGUAAUAACGACGGUGAAUGAAAUUAAUGCAACUUUUGCAAAUUCAAAAAAUUUCGUCAGUAAUAAUGCUACGAACAAAACACAAAAUUUGAAACGCAAGGAUUCGUCCUCGAAAUGUGAGAGUACGGCAGUGAAAAAAAAACCUGACCUGGAUGGUGUUGAUCUGUUUUUCCAGAGUAUGGCUCAAACCGUUGUGUCUUUACCAGUCCCUAUACAAGCUCGUAUAAAGAUGGAUAUUUGUAAAAUCAUUGCUAAGGCAGAAAUGAAAUAUUCUACCAAAACGGACGUCUCGGAAGUUCUUUAUUCUAGCUGAAAUAUUCUGCAAUGACUUUUUAAUGAUCAAUGUAUCAUUGUAUAAACUGAAUAUAAACAAAUUAUGUGCUUA